AUGACCGGCUCCGGCGCGGUGCCCGGGGCUGUUGCCGACGCGGCGGUGCCCACGGGGGAGUGUUACUUCUGCGACCGGUCUCCGGCGGUGGUGUACUGCCGGGCGGACGCCGCGGGGCUGUGCCUGCCGUGCGACCGCCACGUCCACGGCGCCAACACGGUCUCCUGCCGCCACGCCCGCGCCCCGCUCUGCGCCGUCUGCCGCGGUGCCGCGGCCACCGUCCGCCGCGGCGCCGCUCGGUUCCUCUGCUCCAACUGCGACUUCGAGGAGCAGCAGCACAGGGAAGGGGAGGUUGUGCAGCCACCGCUGCUGCACGACCGUGGCGCGGUGGAGGGCUACACCGGGUGCCCCUCGGUGGGCGAGCUCGCGGCGAUCCUCGGCGUCGUUGUCGGCGACAAAGCGGCUGAAGCGUGGUGGCCUGUCUGGGAGCAGCCCCAGGUGCUCAGCUUCGACGACGUCAUCGUGCCGACCACCGCCUGCCAUGGCCUCCAGCCCUUCCUCACCUCGUCGUCCUCCCCCAAGAACCGGAGCCUGCCCUGCGGGGAGCUGGACGGCGAGGUUCUCCGGCAGCUCGGGGAGCUCGCCAAGUCGGAGGAGGCGGCGACAGAGCCGGCCGGCGUUGAUCAGCUGCCUCCGCCAUGGGGAUCUUCAGAUUACGCUGCUAUUGGGCACGGUGAUAUUGGGGCUCUUGGAGCCGAGGCCAUCUGCGCGGCAGCAAUCCUGCAUGUACCUCCUUCUCAGGAAAAACUUUCAGUCUAUUCAUCACAUGUCAAGCAGAACCAGGAGGCGUGGAUCGCGACGAGUUGCAACGAACUUCCCGAGCAAGUCUCGGCGAGCUCGUCGGCGGAGCCGAGCCUGUCGUCGCUCGUGGAGGUGUCGGAGGUCUGCCCCGGCCUCAGCCGCAGCGGCAGCAGCAGCGUCGACGACAUGGCCAACGGCGGCCACGAUCACCUGUCGCCGGCAGCGGCACCCGUUGCGGCGGCGCCGGUGCAAGCAGCUCCGGGGACCAAGAACGUCGGCGGCUACGACGUGGUCUACCCCGACCGCGGCAAGGUGAUCUCGCGCUACAAGGAGAAGAGGAAGAACAGGAUGUUCGGGAAGCAGAUCCGGUACGAGUCGCGCAAGGCCCGCGCCGACGGCAGGGUGAGGACCAACGGCCGCUUCGCCAAGUCGAGCCAGUAA